CCCCGAAGUUUUAAAGGGCAGAGUUGUAAAAACUCCCAGGCUGCGGGGAGUCAGCGCCACGAACCGGACCCGAACCACCUCCCCCCGCGACGGACAGCCAGCAGGAAUAGACACGACGACGGAACCGAAUCUUUUUUAUAUUCAUCGCCCUCGGAAAUCUCCAGAACAGAGCGGCAGGAGUCCCGGAGCACCGAGACGGAGCGGCGCGGACCUCAAUGAAUGAUCCUGGACCGAACCUGAAGUUCUGCUGAAACCCGGAGGUUCGUGUGACGCAGACAUGCAGCUGGAGAUCCAGGUGGCUCUGAACUUCAUCAUCUCCUACCUGUACAACAAGCUGCCGCGCAGGCGCGUCAACAUCUUCGGGGAGGAGCUGGAGCGCCAGCUGAGGCGGAAGUACGAGGGCCACUGGUACCCCGAGAAGCCCUACAAGGGCUCCGGCUUCAGGUGCAUCCACGUGGGGGAGAAGGUGGACCCGGUGGUGGAGCGGGCGGCCAAAGAGAGCGGACUGGACAUCGAGGACGUCCGGAAUAACCUCCCCCAGGACCUGAGCGUGUGGAUCGACCCGUUCGAGGUGUCCUACCAGAUCGGGGAGAAGGGGGCGGUGAAGGUGCUGUACGUGGACGACAACGGCGAGAACGGCUCGGAGCUGGACAGGGAGAUCAAGAACAGCUUUAACCCCGAGGCGCAGGUCUUCAUGCCCAUCAGCGACCCGGCGGGGGCCUCGUCCGAGUCCAGCUCCCCCUCGCCGCCGUUUGGACAGUCGGCGGCGGUGAGCCCGUCCUUCAUGCCGCGCUCCGCCCAGCCCUUAACCUUCACCACCGCCACCUUCGCCGCCACCAAGUUCGGCUCCACAAAGAUGAAGAGCAGCCGCGGCGGCAGUGGGGGGGGCAGCAAGGCAGCCCGCGCCUCCCCCACCAGUCACCUGGGUGUGAAUGUGUCCUCCCUCCUGAAGCAGAAAGCCAUGUCCUCCUCCAUGCACUCUCUGUACGGGCCGGGCCAGAACUCCGCCCUCUCCCCCAACGCCAAGGAGUUCGUGUUCUCCAGCCUGCAGGGUCAGGCCAGCCCCGGCGCCGUCUUCCCGGGGGAGGGCGCCCUGGGCCUGGGGGCGCUGCAGUACAACAAUGCCUUUGACGUGUUGGCGGCCUACGGCGGCCUGAACGACAAGUCCCUGAUGGACGGGCUGGGCCUGGGCGGCGUGCAGCACUCCAACCAGCAGUUUCAGCCCGUCAUGGCCAACUGAGCCCCCCCCAGCCAGAAGGACAGAAACACAGGUAGACGGGACUGACGUGCAUGCGCCUGGGGGGACGGCGGCGCCUUUGAGUUUGUUGUGGAACGGCGUCCUGAGUUCAACUCAUCCUUUUUCUUUUUGCCAACAAGCACAAGUUUUUUUUAAAUCCUCCAGAAGACGAUGAAGCGGAACCGGCGGCCGGGUUCUGCGCCGCGUGGUUCUGGCUCUUUUCUAAGCGUAGAACUUGAUUUAGUACAGAGUUUGUAAGAUUCCAGAGUCUAUAUUGUUUCUAUGACGGUGUUGCAUUUCUAUCUUUCUACUCCGGAUGAUUGACGGCUGCAGCAGCUUCUCCUUCGGUUCCUUUUGUAACGACGGUUGAAGAACGGCGCCCGCGGUUCCUCCACGCUGUAGAAACGUUUGCUUUUUCUCAAAGAUGAAUCGUAUUUUCUGUUAAGACGUUGAAGAUUUUUGCUAUUAUGGAGAAAAUGUAAUCUUAUGAAUAUUGAUUUUGUACCUAAAUUGUGCAAUACUUGAUAAAUGAAACAGAAACGGUAUAACAAGUAUUUUGAGUCAGUGUCUUAAUGUCGAGGGACUGAAAUAGUUUAUAUUAAGUUUGUAUUAAAUGCUAUUAAAAUGCUUGUCUUUAUUUUUUUUAUUUGAUAUUUGCACCCUGAUCUUUUUAAUAAAAAAACUCCGGCUGAA